AUGCUACAUGCAGACCUACCUAAGGAAGACAUCCAAAAAUUCCUAGGGGAUCCCUCGAAAUAUUGGUCAUUCAUGGGCUGUUUCUCAACCUCGGUGGAUUGCCUUCCAAUCGACUACGAUGCAAAGUUGGUCUAUUUCAUUCCGUUUUGUGAAGGACCAGCGAAGGAAGCCAUUGAAGACUUAGUGGUCUUUGAUGAUCAGGAGGGUUACAAAAGGGCCAAAGAAACACUGAAGAAGCGUUUCGGGCAAAACCACAUGAUUGCUCGUGCUCUCAUUGCUCUCUCUCAUUACCGAUGGAGCACCUAUUCCCAUCAAUGA